AUUGUCCUUCACAUUCCACCUAGUCUCAAAAUUAUUACAAACCCUCCAAAUAUCAAUUAGAAUCAGAAACAUGCACCUUCCUUGGUUAGUCAAAUAUCAAUUAGCAUCAACCAUCUUUAUUGUCAUUUCCCUCACCAAUGUUACCUCCUUAUAUUUCAAUUUCCCUACCUUCCAACAACAAGAUGCUGAUCGUUUAUUGCUGAACCCGUAUUCAAAAAUAUACUUAGAUGCCAUCCAAGUGACCCCUGAUAUUCGUGGUCCAAUAAAUGAUUAUUCAGGACGUGCUUUCUACCGCAAGCCAUACAAACUUUGGAACAAGAAGAAGAACCAAAGUGCGUCCUUCAACACCACUUUUGUGCUCAACAUCACUCCCGAAACUACCCCUGGUGGAGAAGGCUUGGCCUUCAUCUUGACUUCAGACACCACUCUCCCACAAAACAGUUCAGGAGAAUGGCUUGGAAUUGUGAAUGCCACUUCCAAUGGAACCUCACAAGCUGCGAUUCUAGCGGUGGAGUUCGACACAAGAAAAAGUUCCAUACAAGAUGGCCCUGACAACCAUGUUGGCAUCAACAUAAACAGCAUCAACUCCUUCCAACAGGUUCCUUUAACCAACACUGGGAUCAAUAUUUCAUCAGGUUUGGAUGUAACAAUCAGAAUUCAAUACUUGAAUGACACAAUAUCAGUUUUUGGUUCCAUGAUUAAUGGAACUUCUAUGAAGACCCUUUUGGUAUCUCCACCUCUUAAUCUAUCUUCCUAUCUUCAAGAAGAUGUUUACCUUGGUUUCUCAGCCUCAACAAGUAAUUACACGGAGCUGAACUGUGUAAAAUCAUGGGAAUUCAGUGGUGUUGAUAUUGGAGAUCAUGAUAAAAGUAUGGUGUGGGUUUAUGUGACUGUUCCAACAGUGAUUGUUGUUGUCAUCAUAGGUGGGUUGGUGAUUUUUUUCAUGCGUUUGCGAAGAAGUUAUUUGGAGAGGCCAGAAGAUGCAUAUCCAAGGAUAGAGGAUCAGAUUCAAUAUUCCUCUAUGGCUCCAAAGAAGUUUAGGUUAAGGGAAAUAACAAAAGCAACAGGUGGAUUCAGCCCUCAGAACAAGCUUGGAGAAGGUGGAUUUGGAACCGUGUUUAGAGGCUUAUUGGAAAACAAGGAGGUAGCUGUGAAGAGAGUUUCCAAAAACUCACGCCAAGGGAAGCAAGAGUUUGUGGCAGAAGUUACAACAAUUGGAAGCCUUCACCACAGAAAUUUGGUGAAACUCACUGGCUGGUGCUAUGAGAAAAGAGAGCUUCUCCUUGUGUAUGAGUUCAUGCCUAAUGGAAGUCUAGACAAGUACCUCUUUGGUGACAAAAAUUAUGGCCUUGAAGGGUGUUCUUCAACACUGGAUUGGGAAACUAGGCACAGUGUGAUUCAUGGGGUGGCACAAGCACUUGACUAUCUCCACAAUGGGUGUGAGAAGAGGGUGCUUCAUAGAGACAUCAAAGCCAGCAACAUAAUGUUGGACUCAGACUACAAUGCAAAGUUGGGGGACUUUGGAUUGGCAAGAACCAUUCAGAAGAGAAACGAGACACACCACUCCACAAAGGAGAUUGCAGGCACACCAGGGUACAUGGCACCAGAGACCUUCCUCACAGGUAGGGCAACAGUGGAGACAGAUGUGUAUGCAUUUGGGGUGCUUGUGUUGGAGGUGGUGUGUGGAAAGAGGCCAGGGAAUGUGCAUGCACAAGAUGACUACAAAAACAGCAUUGUGUAUUGGGUGUGGGAGAUGCAUGGGAAGGGGAAGAUUGUUGGUGCUGUGGAUGGAAGGUUGAAAAAGGAGGAGAUUAAGGAGGAGGAAGUGGAGUGUGUUCUUGUUCUUGGCUUGGCUUGUUGCCAUCCAAACCCACACCUUAGGCCUUCCAUGAGAACUGUUCUUCAGGUUCUCAAUGGGGAAGCACCCCCACCUGAGGUGCCUAAGGAAAGACCAGCUUUCAUGUGGCCUGCUAUGCCUCCUUCCUUCAAAGAAGCUGAAGAUAGUUCCCUCAUCCAGGGUACACUCACUCCAUUCACUGAAAUCACUGGCAGAUAAUUUCUCGGCAUAGACCACAGUUAUUCUCUGUGACAAUUCUAUUCGAACAGGAAUGACAUACUGUAAUCACUGGUAGAUAAUUUCUUAAUAUAGACUAGACUACAAGUAUUCUUUUAGAGACAGUUCUAUGAACAAGAUAGAGUCACUGUAAUUGUUGAAGACAAUUCUGAUUGAAUCGAGUAAAAUCAUCAUCGUAAUCACUGGCAAAUGGGGGAAUGGUUUUUGGUGACCAAAGCUGGGAACUAAUCAAGAUUAGUUAUCCUGGUUAAUUAUAGUUGAAGAUUUCGAAUGGUUCUUGCAUUUUCUGAUUUUAGAUUUUGUGUAAAAGCGUACAUAGGUGAUAAAUUAAUGUAUGUGUUGUAGCUUGAUAUGUAUAUUUGCAGUCUUUUGUAAGUAUAGUGUCAUUCAAUCUUUGCAUGUGUAUAUAUAUUAUUAAUUGGUCCUGUUGAAACAUGUAUUUGAAACACGUGUUAUUUUGGAUGA